AUGGAAGCUCAUCUAUGGAUCACAGAGACUCCAAAGUUCGAUCUUGCUACCUACAUAUCCAACUACAGAGGCCGUACUGUAUUCCGGCGCCUGCAUCUAGUAGCAUCAUGCUCCACGGUUCUGGCAGAAGAAGCCGCUCGAAUGGCUGUGAUCGAAGCGAAGAAAGGCAGUGAUGUCCGUAACUACCACCAAGCCGUGGCUCUCUUGAAGAGGGUGUCCGCAGGGCGACACCAAGACAAUCUCCUAGACCCUGCUUGGGCAACCCAACAAGAGAAGAAGAACAAUGGUGAGACGGCUCGCUUGGAGAACGAAUUGAAAGGCUACAAGAACAAUCUUAUCAAAGAAAGCAUACGAAUGGGGAAUGAAGACUUAGGCACACAUUACUACACGAUUGGCGACCUUAACAAUGCUUUGAAGGCCUACUCACGGAUGCGUGACUAUUGCACUACACCUGCCCACAUCGCGUCGACGGCAUUUCGUAUCAUCGCAGUCGCAAUCGAACAGAAGAGUUGGCUAGCAGUGAGUGCUCAAGUUGUCAAGAUCCAGAACCUCCAAAUGAAGCCCGACGACAACACAAGAAGUCUUCCAAAGACAUGGGCGGCGAUCGGCCUUUACCAGAUGUCCAGCCGUGAUUAUCGCGUGGCCGCCACCAGUUUCCUCAGUUGCGAUUCUUCUUUAGGAGACAGCUACAACGAUGUAGUGACGAGCAACGAUGUCGCGGUCUAUGGCGGUCUUUGUGCGCUAGCAUCAAUGUCUCGUUCUGAAUUACAGACCAAGGUUCUUGAGAACGCCAAUUUCCGCAACUUCCUUGAACUCGAGCCUCAUAUCCGUCGAGCAAUCGCCUUCUUUUGCGCAAGCAAGUAUAGCCAAUGUCUAGAGAUUCUCGAAUCUUACCGAGCGGAUUACCUUCUCGACAUCUACUUACAGCCACUGAUCCCUGACAUUUACAAGAAGAUUCGAACCAAGAGUAUCAUCCAGUACUUCCAACCAUUCAGCAAAGUCACAUUGGACAGCAUGGAGAAGAUGUUUAGCCAUCGAUCUUAUACGAACGAUCCAGUUGAUGGGCCUACAACGAAGCAAGAAUUCCUCCAGGAAAUUGUUGCCUUGAUCGAGGCCGGCAAGCUUGACGCUCGAAUUGACCUAGAACAUGAGACUCUGGUUGCACUUGAACAUGAUACUCGAGCCGAAGCUCAACAAGAAGCACUGGACAUGGUCGAAGCUUUCACUCGAGAUGCUAGAAUGAAACUCAUCCGAUUGCAAGCGGUUAAUGCUGGGCUGGAAAUCAAGCAGUUACCAAGGAAGAAGGGAUGGGACACUGAUGCUGAUUAUUCGGCGUACGAUGACAGUGCUGGUACUCAUGUUACUGUGCAGUCGGCUCCCGCUGGUCCUGGAGGCAGAGACCUGUUAGCAGCUGGUACGGGCUACUCGCAACGAAAGGGCGGAUAG